CAACGUUGCCCCCUUCAAGUUGAACUCUCAAACUUGCAAACAGAGAAAAGAACAGAAGAAAUCGUGUUACGUUGCAAACAUAGAACAGAACAAAUCCUACCCCCAAUUGAAAAAUGAUACCAAAGCGCCUCCUUAGCCCUCAUCGACCCCUGCAUUCAGCUCCCACUAGUGUUUCCCUCUUUCACCGCACCAUCCACAACCCUUCUUCACUGCCCUCAGAACCAUCCUGCGACUCCCUCAUAGACAACCUGCGGAAAUCACGACACUACGACACCCUCUUGUCGGUUUAUCGUAAGAUGGUCGCUACGUGCGUUUUGCCCAUGUUCACUUCUCUUAGUGCUUUAAUCGAAACUUUAGUCAACACCCAUCAUCCAAGUUUUGCUUUUGGGGUCCUGGGCUUGAUGAUAAAGCGUGGUUUUGGGGUUAACGUUUAUAAUUCGAACCUUGUGUUAAAGGGUUUUUGUCGUAGUGGUGAUUGUGACAAGGCCUUGUGUUUGUUUUCCCAGAUGAAGAGGAAUCCUGAUUAUGUUGUUCCUGAUAGUGUUAGUUACAAUACCCUUAUAAGUGGAUUAUGUAAAGCUAAGAGACUAGUGGAAGCUAGGGAUUUGUUUGAGGCUAUGAAGGUUGGGGAUUGUAGGCCCAAUUUGGUGACUUUUAGUGCUUUGAUUGAUGGGUUUUGUAAGAAUGGUGAAGUUGAGAAGGGGUUGGGUUUGUUGGAGGAGAUGGAGAAUGGGGGUUUGGAUGCUGAUGUGUUUGUGUAUAGUGCUCUUGUUAGUGGAUUUUGUGGCAAAGGUGAUGUUGAGAGGGGGAAACUACUCCUUGAUGAGAUGCUAAGGAAGAAGGUUGAUCCGAAUGCGGUUACUUAUAGCUGUUUGAUGCAGGCUCUUUGCAAGGAUGGGAAGUGGCGAGAAGCGUCUGAUAUGUUGAAUGAUAUGACAGCUCGUGGGAUUCGUCCUGAUGUUAUUACUUACACUGUUUUGGCUAAUGGUCUUUGCAAAAGUGGGAGGGCGUCUGAUGGGGUAAAAGUGUUGGAUUUGAUGCUGCAAAAGGGGGAAGAGCCAAGUACUUUUACGUACAAUGUUAUUGUUAAUGGACUUUGUAGGGAAGGUCGCGUGGAUGAUGGGCUUGGCAUUGUGGAAAUGAUGGCAAAGAAGGGGAAGAAGCCUGAUGUGGUUACCUACAACACGUUAAUGAAAGGGCUAUGUGGGUCUGGCAAAAUUGAUGAGGCAAUGAACCUGUGGAAGCUGUUGUUGAGCAAGAAGUUCCAUAUGAAGCCUGAUGUCUAUACAUCAAAUUUUUUAAUUCAGGGACUUUGCAAGAAAGGACGUCUUCGUGAUGCGAGAAGGAUACAUUCUUCAAUGGUUGAAAAGGGACUGCUAGGUAACAUGGUGACUUAUAAUACUUUGAUCAGUGGUUAUCUAAACGUUGGAAAACUUGUUAAGGCAUUGGAACUCUGGAAACAUGCUGUGGACAAUGGAUUUUCUCCUAAUGCAAUGACCUAUAGUCUCAUGAUUAAUGGUCUGUGCAAAAUGCAGAUGCUGAGUAUUGCAAGAGGACUUUUUAUUAAAAUAAAAGCUUCUGGGAUUAGACCUACAGUACUUGAUUACAAUGCACUAAUGGCAUCCUUGUGCCGGGAAGGCAGUUUGGAGCAGGCUAGGAGUCUAUUUCAAGAAAUGAGAAGUACGAAUCUCAAUGGUGAUGUUGUCUCCUUUAAUAUAUUAAUUGAUGGAACCCUCAGAGCAGGAGACAUUGAAACUGCCAAGGAAUUGCUAUCGGAGAUGCUUAACAUGGAUUUGGUCCCUGACGCUGUAACAUUUUCUAUAUUAAUAAACAGGUUCUCAAAACUUGGGCAGUUGGAUGAGGCCAGCUCUCUUUAUGAUAGAAUGAUCUCCUAUGGUCAUGUACCCGAUGCUGUCAUAUUUGAUUCUUUGCUAAAGGGCUAUGGUUUAAAGGGACAGACAAAAAAAAUCAUUUCCUUGCUUCAUGAAAUGGCCGAUAAGGGUGUUGUUCUGGACUCAAAAUUAACUUCUACCAUCUUAGCUUGCCUUUGUAACAUGUCAAGAAAUCUUGACGUAGAGAAGAUUCUUCCAAAAUUUUCACAAAAUACAUUAAAAGGAACAAGCAUUACAUGCAAUGAGCUCUUGAUGAAACUGAAUACUGUUCAUCCAGAGCUACAAUUAUUUGUUACGUGAUAGUGUUUGAUUUCAAGAGUGUGAUGUCAUGGUACACUAAGUUCUUUAUUGUCUUUCAUUAAGUUAGUUAUAUUCCAUUCCUUAUUUGCUUUUAUAUCUCAGGUUAAAUAGCCAAAAUUAUCAAGAUCAAUUGGUUUCAUUUUGGAUUGCUGUAUGCAUAUGCUAGGAGACGAUCUUGUUCAGUCUCUGAUUUUGAUCAGGUAUCUAUUUUAUGCCUGCUUGGAUCUGGGUUUUUUUUCCAUUGACAUAUGAAUGGUGUAUAUUUCUGUUAAUCUUGGUGAGAUGUUGUAUUGUGUAUAUAUGCAAGUAUUAUUCAAGGGUGUGAUUUGGAGAAAUUUUUCUGUCUCAAUUGGAUGCACAUGUGAAUGAUGUGAAUAAGGAGAGUGAGAACUGUGAGCCUACAAGCAGACAUACUCCAGUAUAUUUAACAAACAAUAACUUAAAUAAAUCAAAUAAAUGUUUUGCUAGGACAGAGAUUAGUAAUGCAACAAUCAUCGAGUUUGAUGUCACUGGCAUUUAGUUGUUGCCAUUUUAUGGUAAAGAGAUGCGAGUGGAAAAUUCAGCUUCAUGGUAGACAAUGCCCCAUUUGAAACUAUGGCUAGUCCAUGAAUGAGAACAGCAAAAUGUCUUCCAGUAAAAACUGACUUUUGAAGAAGUAGGAAUUGUGUCAGAUUGGCUAAACCUUAAUGUUGUCUUUGGAUGAGAGAUAUUUAACCUUGUUUUUCAGGUAAAUGCUUGAAGCCAGAUCCAGUGACUUGUUUCUGUUGCUUUCUUUCUCAGGAAACAACAUUGGCGUUGAAGAGUUAAGGUGGUGCUUUUUAAGUCAUAUCACGAAGUGAAUAUUAAGUAAAUAAUCGAUGAACAUAAAUAUCACAUUGUUAAUAUGGUCUGGAGAUACUCUAGUCACAUGAACUUGUCAGAUACUUAUCUUUGCAAAUAUUAGGUAUUUGUAGGCAUGUUUUUCUAGUGUCUUGAAUUAACAAUGUCAUUUGUAUCGGUGAUGACAAGGAUGAAUACUCUAGCCAUGUUGUCUCAACAAUUACACAUUUGAACUUGGUAACAAUUUAU